AUGGCAUGUGCAGAACCCAAGGCAAAUAACAACCAAAGUUAUUCAAUUAAUAGAGGGAUAGCGGAUGAAGAAUUUACCACGGAAGAGAUUGAAAAUGAAACAGCACCAUCAAAUUCUCAUCGUCUUAUUCAAAUAACCAGUUAUUCAACAUUGCGUGAAAAUCCUGAGCCAUCACAAAAAGAUAACGAAGAUGCCGACUUAUUUGAGGAAUACUUAUCCCCUCGAAAGCUACAAUCGUUGACAGGAUGUACUAAUCUAGGCGAAGUAAACUAUUUAGAAAUCAGAGUUAACACAACAGAUAAUACAUUAGGAAAUUUUGGUAUAUGGUUACCUAAUCUUUAUGAGUUGAAAUUAACCAACAGUAUUAUUUCAUCAGUUAGAGAUUUAGGAACUUCAUUAGUUAAUUUAAAAAUAUUGUGGAUGCCUCGUUGUCAAUUAAAUGAAGUGGAUGGAAUAAGUUGUUUAUCAUCCUUAAAGGAGCUAUAUCUAGCCUACAAUACCAUCAAUGAUAUCAGUCCAAUUAGCAUGCUUGAAAACAUUGAAGUGUUAGACUUAGAAGGGAAUGGCGUUAAUAGCUCUUCGCAGAUUGGUUUUCUAACACUAUGUCCUGCAUUAGUAACAUUAACUCUUGAGGGCAACCCAGUUUGCUUUUCGCCAGAUAUAAAUGCUAGCCAAGAAGAAAUUGAAAAUUAUAACUACAAAAAUACCGUUAGAACAACUUUACCCAAUCUAAAGUUUAUCGAUAAUGAACCUGUUGAUCAAAUCGCCUUUGAUAUGGUCGAUGAAAAGCAACAUAUAGAAGAUAGAUCAUAUCAAGAGCAAUAUGAAAACAUGGCACAUACACCUCCUAUAAACCAGAGGCCAAAUUCUGGCCGUCUAAAAUCCGAAUCGCAAAUUUUACGUCGGCCACAAUCGGUAGCAUCGACUCGAUCAGUUUCACCUAUGCUCACUCCAACGCCAUCAUCACUUGAUCAAACAUCCACUCUGCUUAUGGAAAAUGAUAACAGUAGCUCUUUAACUCAUGGAUCUAGCGAAGUCAUUUGUGGAAAUCCAGUUCGAGCACUUCGAUCAAGAAAGAAAAAUAAGGACCUUCUCUCAAAAUCAAUGGACGCAUUUAAAUCUUAUAAAACAGCUACUGCUGUCUUGUAUAGUUCUACUCCAUCUACAACUGGAUUUCAUCCGGAACAUACGUACGAAGAAGAAAGCCGUGGCAGUAUUAGUAAAGAAGAUGUUAUAACCGAAUUAAAAGCAUGGAAGACACAAUAUGAAAGGGUCACUCUUGGCAUCGAUAAUAUUGAGAUGUCUGCUAUACAGGAGAGCGAAUCGGAAGAAUCUCCACGUAAUGAGUCAAAAAAGACUAUUAAUCCACUUCCUCCUACACCUACUAGACCCAAAGCUCCAACUACUAGACCGAGAACAGCAUCUGAUUAUAGAACCAGAAAAUUUAAGAAAGGAUUUAUAACACAGUCAACAACGUCAUUAACUAGCCGAUCUGAAAAAGAAUUAUCUGCUAACAAGAUGCGUAGAAGUUAUGAUGAAACUUUGCUAGGGGAAUCAGGUGAUCCUAGAGUCCACAGUGCCGUUGUAAAACACGAAAUAGAUAGAGUCGAUAUUAUCAGAAGACCAAUUACUCGGGCUGGAUUUCAUACAAGAGCUAAAUCACAAGGUCUAUAA